AUGUCUUCCUUGACCACCAAAUUCGCUGAUGAGUUGAUCGCUAACGCUGCUUACAUCGGAACACCUGGAAAAGGUAUCCUUGCGGCUGAUGAAUCAACCGGUACAAUCGGAAAGCGUCUCUCAAGCAUCAACGUCGAGAACGUCGAAUCGAACAGACGUGCUCUCCGUGAGCUUCUCUUCACUGCUCCUGGUGCUCUUCCUUGUCUCAGUGGUGUUAUCCUCUUCGAAGAAACUCUCUACCAGAAGAGCUCUAAUGGGACGCCUUUUGUGGAUAUAUUGAAGGAAGGUGGAGUCUUGCCUGGUAUUAAAGUUGACAAGGGUACCGUUGAGCUCGCUGGAACCAAUGGUGAGACGACCACUCAGGGUCUUGAUGGACUCGGUGACCGUUGCAAGAAGUACUACGAGGCUGGUGCUCGUUUCGCGAAAUGGCGUGCCGUCCUCAAGAUUGGUCAGAACGAGCCUUCGGAGUUAGCUAUCCAUGAGAACGCUUAUGGAUUGGCUAGAUACGCAGUUAUUUGCCAAGAGAACGGUCUUGUACCGAUCGUGGAGCCUGAGAUUCUUGUCGAUGGGUCUCAUGAUAUUCACAAGUGUGCAGCGGUGACUGAGCGUGUCCUUGCAGCUUGCUACAAAGCCUUGAGCGAUCACCAUGUCUUGCUCGAAGGAACGCUCUUGAAACCGAACAUGGUGACUCCUGGAUCAGAGAGCGCCAAGGUUGCGCCAGAGGUGAUUGCAGAGCACACAGUCCGUGCCCUUCAGAGAACCGUGCCAGCUGCUGUUCCGGCUAUAGUGUUCUUGUCGGGUGGACAGAGCGAGGAAGAAGCGACAAGAAACCUGAAUGCGAUGAACCAGUUGAAGACGAAGAAGCCUUGGUGGCUGUCGUUUUCGUUCGGAAGGGCGUUGCAACAGAGCACGCUCAAGACAUGGGGAGGGAAAGAGGAGAAUGUGAAGAAGGCGCAAGAAGCGUUCUUGGUUAGGUGCAAGGCUAACUCUCAGGCCACACUUGGUGCUUACAAAGGUGAUGCUCAGCUCGGUGAAGGUGCAGCAGAGAGCCUUCACGUUAAGGAUUACAAGUACUGA